AUGCGAGAUACACAUCAACAACAGGGCCGUCAAACGGAUCGAGCUACAGCUGAAGAACUCCACGGUGAGGGACGGCACAUGUCGAAUCAGGCUCUGAGGGCCUGGGUGAACGGGGCGGCCUUCCACGUCCAGAUGAUGAUCCACCUGGUGAGACUGGGAGGGAUUCAAACCCAGGACCCUGUAGAGAGACUCAUCUCUACCUACCUGACAGACCUGGAGCUGCUGUUUGACAAGCACAAGGAAGUGCUGGAAGAAAGGGGGGCACAUCCAAAAACUCUGUUGGAGCUCAGGAUGACGACCACUGCCAUGGACACAAACAAUAACAACAACAACAACAACAACACCACAGGAGGUGUGAUCUCCUACGUGGGUUCUUGUGGAGGCUCUCCGACCCGGACCAGUCCAGUCUCCAUGUACAGCGAGAACUCCGACUCCCAGCCCGCCUUCUCCUCCUCUUUAACUCCCUCCUUCCUCAGCAGCAGCAGCAGCUCCAGCUCAGGCUCUGCAGGAGAAGAUGGCUCCUCCUCAGCAGGAGGUUCGCCUCGAGGCCGAGACGACGGAGGCUCCCUGAGGGCGUCGCCCAGCAAGUCUGUGGCCAGCCUCACCAAGCUGAACAGCAUGGUGUUGCUGUGUAAGGUUUGUGGUGACGUGGCCUCAGGUUUCCAUUACGGAGUUCACGCCUGUGAGGGCUGCAAGGGUUUCUUCCGCCGCAGCAUCCAGCAGAACAUCCAGUACAAGAAGUGUGUGAAGAACGAGAGCUGCACCAUCAUGAGGAUCAACAGGAACCGCUGCCAGCAGUGCCGCUUCAGGAAGUGCCUGUCUGUGGGCAUGAGCCGCGACGACAGGAACAUCUCAGAAAUGUGGUUUCUUCCUGGUAGAUGGCUGCUGACCUCCAACAUGGCCGCCACACGGGGUCACUACUAG